CCUUUGUCUUUUCGCCCAAAGUUUAUCCCAUAAAUACCAGGAGUACCUUUGCUUCCACGAACAUCUUGGCCGACUCUCAUAAUAUGAUAAAUCAGGCUUUAUGCGGAAGCAAGCAGAAAGCAAUCAGUUUGUUUCAUUUAUUAAUUCAGCGGGGCACUAGCACAACGGGAGAAUUAAUAUGCUUUCUGACAAGACAAACACAAAGAAAAACUCUCUUAAGGUGUCAAAUAUAAUAGGAAACCAACCUCAUAUUGGUCAGAUUCCGAUUAUAAGUCGAGACCAAAAGUCAACAUAGGAAGCAAUCAUGAUAAAUAAAAGGAGUUGACGAAGAUAGAUGAAAGGAAAUCAUGUCAGCUGGCGAUCAAGCCUUUUUACCUCAUGUUUGAUAUAACACAAGCUCUAACUCAACCUGUUAAAUUAAUUUCUACUUUCGUCUCCAAAACAGUAAGUUAUAACAGUCAGGAGCGGGUUAAUUUAUUAGCGUUGAUGAAAUAGACCUUUUAGUUUAUACAGUUGAUACCCUGUCCUUUUUUCAUCUACAACCUCGACACUUGAAUGGUUCAAAGUGCAUUUGGACAACAAGGCAUAUCGUCUUCGUCAUUUUGUUGGAACCAAAAUGCUUUGCGCCCUCCUCGUAGUCAAACUUACUGGAAGGAAAUGAUGGAUAUCACGAGCUGAAACUGGUUAUUGAACGAUGGGAAGGCUAAAGUGAAAGGAAAAUCAACCUAACCCAAUCGGCGAAACGCAACAAGUAUAGAAGUGAAAAAAGGGGUGAUUGUCAAAUUUGUGGGUUAUUAAUUUCGACUGUUUUCUGAAGAAGAAACUGUGUUUGAUAAAGUCGAGAGUACUAAUGGAAGUGUUCAAACAAAUGUACGGGAACAGACAUAUGUGACAUCCUCAUAGACAAGAGUACGCAAGAAAGAUCUUACUCUAACUUACCGAAACAGGGCCGGGUAAAAACGUGUUAGUUACCUAAAAAGUAUAACGAUGUAGAGUAUAACGACGUUCGGGCGACGUUCUCAAACAACCUGAAUAACAAAUUGCUGGUACAAAAAACAACGUUUCCUCAUGAACAAAAUGGUGUACUUUUAAUGAAGAAUUUAAUGGUGUGAUAUUCACUUUAACACCCCUAAAAAUCCGUAAUUUCGUUGAUAGAGAAAAGUGCAAACGCAGCCUAGAGAACACAAUUAGUUUCAACUGUCGUUUUAUUUGACGGCCGUUACCAAGUCGUAGCCAACGGAUUUGCUGUGACCGUUAAAAGAACUUUAACUUGUAUGACAAUUGCUACUGAAUCAGAUCACGACAUAUUCCCGAACGAACAAGGAGAGAAAUGUUCUUUCGUCGACAGUUUAAUUAUUUUCAAAUGUAAAACUGGUGAAACAUCAUGUGACAGACAACUUGAAGUAUUGAUUUGGUGAUAAUACGGAAACUCUACAAAACACAUAAGAUAUAAGUCGCAAGUUAGGCGACAACUGGGCUUGAAGAAAAAGGCUAAAAAUCAAAGGAAAGAUUUCACUUUAACAGACACAGUAAAAUGGAUGAGGCUACAAAUCUUAAGGAUAUCAAAAACUGGUUUGACAAAACUCAAAAUCGUUCAACAAUCGCCAUAGCACUGGAAUCACUGCUUUUCUUGAUUAUCGAGGUUUCCGCUCUCAUAGGGAAUACUUUUGUCUGCCUAGCUGUGUACAGAAACAGAUCACUGCGAACAGAAACCCACAUGUACAUUCUAGCGCUUUCCAUAGCGGACCUGACAUUCGCGGUUGUCUUUCUUCCCCUUUCCAUUGGCUCCGCAAUGACUGGCGAAUGGCAUUAUGGGAAUGUGACAUGCGCCGUUCAAGGGACUGCACUCCUUAUAUGGGGAGGCUUCUCGUUAAUUCUCGUGUCAUUGACGGCACUGAAUCGGUAUUUCCGAGUAGUCAAACCCAACCUCUACAGAAUAUUCUUUUCCAAAAAGAAUACAAUAAUAACUAUGGUAUUUGCCUUAUUAGGGUGCAUUUUCUUUUUCGCAGGUAUACCGCAGUUUCUCGGUGUGCAGUUUCAUUUUGGGCCUCAUCUAUUUUGUGUUCCUCGGUUCCCUACAAGGGAACUACAAAUGGCCUGUCUGUUGUCAGCUUUUGCAUUGUUUAUACUUACACCUAUGUUCAUUAUUCCCGUAUGUUACUUGAAAGUUUUCCGAAAGGUUCGGAGCCAUGAACUAACGGUCGCGCCUGCGCUGACACAAAAACCGCUGUACAGUAGAGUACGCGGGUUCAAACAAGGAGUCGAGGAAGUGAAGAUCAACCGGGUCGUCUUCGCUGUUCUCGUGGUGUUUUUCGCCUUAUGGACGCCAGUUUGCAUCAUAGGGACACUCUUUGUGUUUGGGGUGUUUUUACCUCGCUGGGCGCACCUUUUCUACGACUAUUUAAUAGCUUCGACGACGGCUUCUAAUCCUGUUGUGUACGGCCUUUUUAACAAAGCUUUAAGAAGAGAAUUUGGAAAGAUUUUGAAGUCCUUUUCUCGGAGAAACGUUGUGGGGAUUGAAGCUACGGCAACUAGCACACACCACAGGGAGGGGACUGUUUAGGAGAAGGGCCAGCAACUCCGCAUCUUUUUCAAGAGCCCAUUACUAGGAACUGACAACUGUGACGGGUAUUGGUAAUUUUGAAGGCAAAGAUGCUUGAAUGGGCGUGGCCAUUGCAGAGAAGAACUAGAAAUACAAAAGAUUAAGAGGGGGAUAAUACUGUGAUAACAGUGUUGGAAAGUUGAAUUUUAUUGACGUGCAAUAGUUGCUUCAUUGGUUAGUUAACGGAACGCUUUUUUUUAUUCGUGGGUAAACUGGAGUUUUACAGUGACUAGAAAUUGGUCUGCUAAUCGCGUAAAAGACAUCGCCGAUAUCAUUAUAUAAAAAAAGAGAAAAAUAUCAGAGUUGCUGUGUUGUUUAUACAAUAUGCUGCGUGGUGGUGAAGGGUGUGGUUUGGUUCUUGUUUUACUUCACCAUUGUUCAAAGAAAUAAAAAAGUCAAGGAUAAAAGGCAUGCUUUAUUUCGUAUCUCAAUUUCAUUUUGACAUUGUAUAUUAUCAUAAAAAUCAAUAAAUAAAUAACAAAAUUACAUGGAAA